AUGCUGUACGAGAUGAUUGGAGUGGUGCGCCCCGGCCGCCUCUCCGAAGUCAAAGAAAUCGCAAAGACCGCCGGCAAGAUCGUCCUCGAGAGGAACGGCGUCGUCCGCGGUGUUACCAACUGGGGCACCUUCCUCCUCCCGAAGCCCGCCAAAAAGCUGCAGUCCUCCCACAACGUCGGCCACCACUUCAUCAUGCGCUUCGACGCCAGCGCUCGCACACAGCAUUCGCUACGACGCACAAUGAGUUUGGAUCCUCGCCUGAUACGGUAUUCCAUCGUCAAGAUGGGUACAAAGUUCGAGGAAAUCAAGGAUAUACCAGGGCAGGCGAACUUCAAAUGA